CUGGUCCGAUAUCAAGCGAUCAUUCCCCGUCAGAGCAGCCAGCGCACAAUAAGUUGGCCAGAUCGGCUGUGCGAUAGCUGACAGCUCCGCAGGAAGUCCUUGAUCUGCCUCGUGUUCUCGACGGUCCAUCGCGUGUUCUCGAAACACACCUGCAUCUGAAAAAUCGAAUAUAUCUUCUCGUUGACUCGGACGCUACUCUCGCUCCAAGACAUAUUACACGCUUGAUACCUCUCCUCCUCAGUCCAUCGCCAUGCUGCUAUCGCCGGCAUCAACGAGCGGGAGCUUGCCCUCUCAGGGUGGGGGCGGUGGCUUUUGGAACAGAUUCUCGGGAAAGGGUGGAGGUGGCAAGCAGCCGCCUCCGGACCGCCAGAAGGAGAUGGAGAUGAGGCAGCAGGCGGCACAGAUGGCACUGGCCCGACAGCGAUUGCUCACGCUCUGCUAUGGCGAGAUGGAGACAGUGCGGCUAUUACCGCUAUCGUUUGCGGAACUCGAUGCCGUAGCACGAGACUGGACAAAACCACCACCGGAUGCCGUCUUCACACUACGAGUACCGGUUGAAUAUGCUUCAUUACAAGCCGCGCGAUUCAUAUCAGGGCCUUAUGUUUAUCUCACCGGAGAGGACUCGUACGCGAUCGCAACCAUGGGUGUUCAGGGUUUACGCGUCGAAAUAGUGAGCGAUGCCCCGCCUCCGCCUGAUGAACCUCCCCCACCUCCCCCGCCACCAGUACUAGAGAUGCCUGCCACUUUCGCCCUGGAACUCUUCCCCGGCCAAACCGUGGCGCUCGACACUACCGUGUCCUCCGACGAGCUCGACAUGGCACGCAUGGAGGACGGCACGAUGGUCGAUGGUCUGUUCUGGGGCAAGCUUGAGAUCGUUCACGAUGGCGACACGCACAAAAUGGACUUCUCCGGCACGCGCCUCAACCAAGAGGGCCAGGAGGACUCGCAACUGUUCUCGCCCGACUUCAUGAUGGACACCCGCGUCAUCACCAAGCUCGCCGCCGCCGCCAAACCCGCCACCGCGAAAUGCCACCUGAGCAUCCUCCCGCCCGCGCAGCAGUACUGCGACGUCUUCCUCAGCUUCUCUAGCAUGUGGAAGAUCGGCUUCACCUGGCCGCCCGCCGAACCCGUACAGGAAGCGGAGAACAAGAUCAAGUACUUCCUGCGCGUGCACCCCGGCGGCGCCAUGGAACACUUCGAAUCUGUCACGACCGCGACAUCAAUAUACUACGAAGCCAUACCCGAUCCGGGUAUGCUCGAACCACAGGAGUUCGUCGCGCCCAGGAAUAGCUUCGCAAUGUCGUUUUCCGACUUCGUGCCGCAUCUCACCGGCGUAUUGGAUCAGCUCGGCAUGUCGAUGCAUGCUCGGACCAACUUCAUCCACAACAACAUCUCCACUUUCGCUCAACACAAGAACAUCGCCUACCGCUUCCUUCAACCGCGAAAGAUAGCGGCGGCAAUCGACAUCUCCGUCACGGCCGAAUCCUGCGUAUUCACGCGGCUCUUCCUGAUCUGGCGCGGGGUCUCCGAGGAGGAAAUGGGCGACUUCGCCGGCGCGGGCGAGAAGGAGGCGAACCAGUUCAACUGGCGCGAGGCCGUCAACUGGUCGGAGCUGUCCAAGGACCAAUCACAAUUCCGCGUACUCGAGACCAGCGUGUUGGAGCUGACAUGAACGCGCAUAUAUCGGGCGUGUGGUCGCUCGUUGCCGGACGACGCUCCGCUAUCACACUGGUAUCAAUGCGGAACCUUUCCCGGACGUUCUCCCUUUUCCUUUGAUUAUUGUUCCCCUAUUCUCGUCGCACGCGAUAUCACGGUCUGCUAGUAGUUCAUCUCGUCCACUGUUGCUUCCCAUGUUUCCACUGCUCGGUUUUUCCAUUUUUGUUUCCUCCUCCCCGCCACGUCCCGGAAGUACUUCAGUAGUUGACUAAUGUUCUGUUUCUUGUUGUCAUCGUCGUUGGCAUCGCUCUGCAUCCAUAGUCCCACUGUAUUAUUUACGCUGCCCGUACGUGUAUACGAGAGAGAUCUUAUCUUGCCUUCAGAUAU